CUUUCGCCUUCUGAAAAGUGAAUCUUCUUUCAUUUUCUGAUGUCGGCAUCAUACGCAAGCACAAGCCGAUCUACACCAGUCGCUUCUACUUUUUAUCGACCACCAUAUGCAACUGUUCAGAGCCCUAUGCAGCGUGCUCCCAUUGUCACUGAUGAUUACGAACGAUGGUACACGGAGCAGGUACCCAAUAAUCGAAUGGCUCUCUCUCUUCAGUCCGGUAUCGAAGGGGAAAUAGGCUGGGCGCUGGAUCGACUUUGCCGCCUGUGUCAUAAUGAACAAUUUCAGUUGAAAGUGAUCCCCGGCAUAAUUGAUGGACUGUUCAUCUGGCCGGAAUGGUACGUUUCAGAGGGUCACAAGCUUUUCAACGGCAACAGCACCAUCUUCGCCGUUCCGCGCGACAUGGAGGCAAAGCGAAGGCAUGCCAUCGAAUCUUUGUUUGUCCUCCGAAAUUGUGCUUUGCAUGAGCAGGAUUGCCAGGAACUCGUUCAUCAUACCCAUUCUCUACCGCUCAUAUACAACUCGUUGAACAAUCUGGAUCCUCAGGUUGAUAACAAUACAGAGUUCCUCCUUCACGCCACCGAUUUUCUUCACUCAAUCGCAGCUCAUUACACCGCCCCAGCGUCGGUUGUUUCUAUAACCAAGGCUGUCCUAUCUCCGCUUGGAGUUAUUGCGUCGACCUCAUCCAAUCGACCAUCCAUAAUUGCAGCUUUGACGGUGUUGAGCCAGCUCAUAGAGAAUCCGCACACCGCUACUCUUCUAUCUCCCGAUUCUCCAGCCUUAGUGGCUUCGCUCAGAUUCUUGCCUCUUUUCAUGGACAAGCCACUGGUGGAGGCCUGCCUAAAUUAUCUCUACGCUCAUUUAUCACACUAUGCUAUGGCGAAGGCAUUUUUGCUCCACCCAGACAUGCCCAGCAUUCUUCGCAUCCUCAUCAACCUUCUCAUUCAGGAACAAGUUGAAGAGACUGUUACUAUGGACAUCACGGGAACAGUUCGAACAGUCCCUUCCCAGGCAUCCGUGACUACCCAAGAUCACGACCUUUCACAGGAGGAACUUGAGCAACUACUCCCCCUCCCGGAGCCUGAGAGAUGUUAUGAAUGGAUGAAGACGAUGUUCGUCGGGAAACCCGAUGGAGAAUUAACACAAGUCGAUUUUUGGAACCUGUAUAAAGACGUUUUUGCUCCUCAUCAAGACAAGUAUCCACUCCUUGUGGCCUCUGACGUCAUCAAAAAUGUGAAUCUCGUCUUUCCAGAAGCGCAGGCUAUGGUUCUGCAAGAUCCAGUUCAAAGGUUCAUUGUCCGAGGCGUUGACAGGCGCAAAGACACCUUACUUGCGGAAAAGUUAAAAUGCCAGUGGGAUCGCGGGCAAUGCGCAACACCACCUUUUGGCUCCUUGAACGACCUUUAUGAGCACCUCCUUGAUCAUUUAAAGGGUGCAGAGGGUCCCGAGUAUCCGUGCUUGUGGUCUUCAUGUCCCAAUCCUCCAGUUCCCAAAGCCUCUCUUCGGUCCCACGUCCUAACUCACCUUUCACGAAAAUAUACUCCUGAGCGGCAUCCAUCCCAGAGUGAUACUAUAACCUUGUCUGCAGGAAACACAUCUCCCACUUACCCAACGGGCAACCCAAUCCUGCGAACGCCCCCUCCACCUCGUAGUACCACGAUCAACUAUCGGAGACCACUUGUGGACCCUCCUUCUAGUUCUCUUUCGGCUUUAUUGUGCAUUCGCAUCCUCUUCAGAACGUCAUUUGCGUCAGCUGACGAAGCCCCUCGUAUAGACGAGGAGCAUUUCGGUUUCCCGGGAAUCGUUGAAGAAGUCGUGGAAGACAUUGAAGAUGUGAUUAUCGCCAACAGAGCUUCAAAAGACCGCGAAAAAGAGGGCGAACGGCGGGGCAGGAGAGUUUUCAUCAAUGUUCGACAGUUGAUGGAGGGCGUGCGGAUACGAGAUGAGAACCUUAUGGGAUGGAUAACAGAGAUGGCAACCGUAGAUACAGAACCUGGCGCACAAUGAUUUCGGACGCCGGGGAUUAGGCGGAUGUACGCGUAGUUGAUUACAUGACUUAUUGCAAACUUAAUCAAAUACUCGUUGU